GCACCAGCACCGACCAAUGAAAACAAAGCCUGCCUUCGAGUCUGCACUAAGCCCGAAUCUGAUUAGCCGAGGAAGUGAAGGUAGCGGCCAAUAGGGAGUUAGGAGGCAACCCAUGUUUAUAAACAGCAGUCGCGGCCAUUGUGUCAACCAUGGAGGAGGAGGAACACAUCAAGUUUGAAAUGGAGUUAGAGAGCAUAGUGGAGAGCGAUGACUUUACCAUAUUUAACCAAGAUGAUCUCCCCGUGGGAGGCUUCCAGGUGAUGGAGGACAUCAGAAGGAAGGGGAAGCUGUGUGAUGUGACCCUCAAGGUAGAUGACCAGUGUUUUUCAGCUCACAGAAUAGUUUUGGCUGCUGUCAUACCUUACUUCAAUGCCAUGUUUACUCAUGACAUGGCUGAGAGUAAACAAAAGGAAAUAACUAUGCAAGGAAUAGAUCCUAGUGCCCUGGAAUCUCUAAUCAAUUUUGCCUAUUCUGGAAAAGUCAAGAUUGAUGGUGCUAAUGUACAAAGUUUAUUGGUAGGGGCAUCAUUCCUUCAGCUCUCUAAAGUACGAGAAGCAUGUGCAGACUUUCUCAAACACAGGUUACACCCACACAAUGUUUUAGGAAUUAGAACAUUUGCCGACACAUUGGCUUGCUGGUCAUUAGUGGAAGCCAGUAAUCGUUAUCUUCAAAAACACUUCGUUGAAGUCUCUGUAUCUGAGGAGUUCCUGAAUCUAUCCUUUUCAGAUGUAAGAGAAAUUAUCUCCCGUGAUGAACUUAAUGUGCAAAGUGAAGAAAGUGUAUUCGAGUCUGUCAUGGCGUGGACAAAGCGAGACCUAGACCAACGAGGUCACAACUUGCCUGAGUUGUUAACAAAAGUCCGCAUGCCAUUGCUAACCCCACAGUACCUGACAGACCGUGUUGCUACUGAAAACUUAAUCAGAUCAUCACAUGAAUGCAGAGAUUUGUUAGACGAGGCUAAAGAUUAUCACCUAAUGCCAGAAAGGCGACCCCUCCUCCAGAGCUUUCGAACAAGACCACGGUGCUGUAAUGAUAUUGUUGGACUUAUUUAUGCUGUUGGUGGGCUUACAAAAUCAGGUGACUCCUUGAGCACAGUUGAAGUGUAUGAUCCCAUUGUUGGCAGAUGGCAGAUGGCAGAGAGCAUGUCUAUGCUUCGAUCUCGAGUAGGGGUUGUUGUAAUGAAGAAGAAACUGUAUGCCAUUGGUGGCUAUAAUGGCCUAGAUAGACUAGCUACAGUAGAAGUCUUUGAUCCAAUUAGCAAAUGUUGGAGCAAAGUAUGCCCUAUGAACUGCAAGCGAAGUGCUGUUGGUGCUGCAGUUCUAAAUGAUCACUUAUAUGUGUGUGGAGGCUAUGAUGGGGUCGCGUCUCUCAACACAGUGGAGUGCUACAACAGUGAAACAAACAAAUGGGUCAUGGUCACAUCAAUGACCAAGCAUCGAAGUGCAGCAGGAGUAGUUGCUUUUGACGGCCACGUAUAUGCUAUUGGAGGUCAUGAUGGCCUUUCUAUAUUUGAUUCGGUGGAGCGAUACGAUCCAACAACGGGUCAGUGGACUCCCGUUACUCCGAUGCUGAGCAAGCGAUGUCGUCUUGGUGCAGCUACGCUGGAUGGGAAGUUGUAUGUAUGUGGGGGCUAUGAUGGCUCGACCUUUUUGAGGACAGUAGAAGUUUAUGAUCCUAUCACCAGUAGAUGGUCAUUCAUUGCCCCUAUGAGUGUAACACGUAGUCGAGUAGCACUAGUAGCGAACAUGGGUCGCUUAUAUGCGAUUGGGGGUUAUGAUGGGGUUUCUAACCUGUCCACAGUUGAAGUGUACAAUCCUGAACAAGAUCAGUGGGAGUUCAUCACAUCCAUGUGUGCACAUGAGGGUGGAGUUGGGGUAGGUGUCAUCCCACUUCCCUGAGUAGUGAGUUACAUGUGAUAGGGUUAAAGUACAGUAGAACCCCCAUAUCCGUGGAUUCAGUUUCUGCGGUUUCACUUACGUAUUCAUAGUUUAGCCUAGCCCGAAAAUAACCCUUAAUUUUGCUUAAUUAUGGCCUUGAAGUGCGAAAGUAGUGAUGCUGGCAGCUCUUCAAAGCCUAAGAGAAGCCGUGAAGUGCUGCCCAUCAGUGAAAAAGCGCUAAUUCAUGACUUAUUGUGCAUAACAUCAGUUAAACUUUAUCAUAGGUAUGUACGUAAACAAAAAAUGGCUUGUAUAUAGGGCUCGCUACUAUGAACAGUUUUGGAUAUCCAUGGUAGAUCUUGGAAGGUAUCCCCCAUGGAUAUGGGGGGACUACUGUAUACUUCUUAAGUUGUACCUCUUUCUUCAGAGAAACUAACAGUAUUUAUUUAGAACAACUUUUUGCACCAUAUUUUAUUUUUUAGCUUUGUUUUUGUUUUUUCUGCAAAUUCACUAGUAACAGAAAACAAGUGAUAUUUUUGCACUGAUAGGUUUAUUUUCACUUGUGCUAUAAUUAAUUAUUAAUACUCAUACAUUCUUAAGAGCUGUAAUUAGGGAUUUAUUGCAUCCAUAACAAAUUGAGAUCAUCUAUAUUAAAAUAUCUUCUCAUGAUAUAAAAACAGCUGUAUUUUUGUAAUACUGAUGUAAUAUAAGGCACUAAGAGAUUAAUAGUUUGGUGCAUUGUAUUAUCUCAAUUCAUUUUAUUAUUUAAGUUCUAUGAUUGAUGGUGCUAAUGAAAAUCAAUGUUAACGCAUUAUUCUGUGUAUAAAAAUUACCCAUAAGUGAUUUGAAGAGUAUACCUUCAAAUAUGAACAAACUAGAAUUGAACAGAAUCAAUCAAAACACCAUGGCUGGAACAAUUAACAACAAACCCACAGAUUUAUCUCUGUUUUGUGGAUUUGUUGUUAAAAGUAGCCUUUAUUUAAAUAUUGGCCCAGAUUGAUUCCAAAGUGAAAAUUCCUAAUACGUUUAUUUAUCUGUAUUAUACUGCAAAUGUCUUUCUGUUGCAACCUUAUUGAGAAUUGUAAAUAAUUAGUAAAUACAUUUUCCAUGUUUUCCACUUUAGUACUUAUAAAGCUAAGCACUCAUAUUUUUACUAAUGAUACAUGGGUCUAUAAGGAAAUGGGAUGCAGUAAUGUGUAUAAAAAGUAACACCAGAGUUGUAAGAUAUUAUAAUUAUGUAGUAUUUUGAAGGGAGUUUUUGUUAUUUUAUAAUUAAAGUCUGUCAUUUGAAAGUAGCACUAGAUUUUUCUAUAUCUUUAAGCUUAGCUGUCAGUGUUGUUUUAGAAUUAAAUUGUGUAUUUUCAGGGAAACAGCUUUGGAGGUGUAGAAUGUAAAUCAGAUAUACUGUAGUACACUAACUGAUUUGUAUUAAGCAGUGCAAAUAAAAAAGAGAAUGUCGGGAUGAUGUCUGCGUAAAAAUAAUGAAGUAUGAGAGUCAUGUAGAAACAGGCUGUAGUCACAAAGUGGAAAUGUUUACACCAGUAUGAAUGUGGAAUGGUUGUAUAGUCCACUUAUGAGAGAAUAUAGACUAAAGGUAACAACGCCUUUAAUAAUUUGCCAGUAAACCCUUGUCACACAACUCGGAACUAUGUAUGAUUGAACCAUAACUCACAUUCCUCUUUUUCACGUUUUUUUUCCUCGGUCCCCAUCAUCUGUUUUGUAUGGUGCACAAUUUCCUAUCAGAGGUUUGCUUAUUAUUAUUUUUUUUUUUUUGGGGGGGGGGGGGGAACUUACCACAUACAGUAGGUCACAUCUCCCACUUAUUACUUCAUUGUGUACCUGAAAAUUCUUCCUAAGUCAGUUGUUUAGAUCCUAUUUUCCCCAUAGACACCUGUAUUAUAACCUGAGAUGAAUUCUCAAUCCACAAAAUUCCAUAUCUAAUUUAAGUUUUAUAUUUACUUAAGAAUAUUUACCUAGUACAUUUAAUCCUCAAUAUAGCUGACUGAUAAGGGAAGAAAGUAGUGAAAGGCUGGGAAUGACGAUUGUGAUGGAUAGAGAUGAGAUUGUUUUGUUGUAAGCGUAACAAUAUCGGACACUUCUGAUAAAUCGUUGGUAUACUGUACUUUUGCAUUCUGUACUCUUCCUUGUCACUUACAAAUAGUAUUAAGCAUCAAGUAAUUUUUUUUUUUUAACAAGUUGGCCGUCUCCCACCGAGGCAGGGUGACCCAAAAAGAAAGAAAAUCCCCCAAAAGAAAAUACUUUCAUCAUCAUUCAACACUUUCUCCUCACUCAUACAUAAUCACUGUUUAUGCAGAGGUGCCCAGAACACAACAGUUUAGAAGCAUAUACGUAUAAAGAUAUACAACAUAUCCAUCCAAACUGCCAAUAUUCCAAACCCCUCCUUUAAAGUGCAGGCAUUGUACUUCCCAUUUCCAUUACUCAAGUCUGGCUAUAUAAAAAUAACCGGUUUCCCUGAAUCCCUUCACUAAAUAUUACCCUGCUUACACUCCAACAGCUCGCCAGGUCCCAAAUACCACUCGUCUCCAUUCACUCCUAUCUAACACGCCCAUGCAUGCUUGCUGGAAGUCCAAGCCCCUUGCCCACAAAACCUCCUAUAUCCCCUCCCUCCAACCUUUUCAAGAACGACCCCUAUCCCGCCUUCCUUCCCCUACAGAUUUAUACGCUCUCCAUGUCAUUCUACUGUGAUUCGUUCUCUAAAUGACCAAACCACCUCAACAACUGCUCUUCAGCCCACUGACUAGUACUUUUAUUAACUCCACACCUUCUCCUAAUUUCCACACUCUGAAUUUUCUUCAUAAUAUUUACACCACACAUUGCCCUUAGACAGGACAUCUCCACCGCCUCCUCGCUGCAGCAUUUACAACCCAAGCUUCACACCCAUAUAAGAGUGUUGGUACCACUAUACUUUCAUACAUUCCCUUCUUUACCUCCAUAGAUAAUGUUUUUUGUCUCCACAUAUAGCUCAAUGCACCACUCAUCUUUUUUCCUUCAUCAAUUCUGUGGUUAACCUCAUCCUUCAUACAUCCAUCCACUGACACGUCAACUCCCAAAUAUCUGAAAAAAUUCACUUCUUCCAUACUCCUCCUUGCCAAUUUGAUAUCCAGUUUUUCUUUAUCUAAAUCAUUUGAUACCCUCAUCACCUUACUCUUUUCUAAGUUGACUUUCAACUUUCUACCUUUACACACACUCCAAAAUUCAUCCACUAACCUUUGCAACUUUUCUUUAGAAUCUCCCAUAAGCACAUAAUCAUUAGUAAAAAGUAUUUUUUUUUUUUAUUAUUAACACACUGGCCGAUUCCCACCAAGGCAGGGUGGGCCGAAAAAGAAAAACUUUCACCAUCAUUCACUCCAUCACUGUCUUGCCAGAAGGGUGCUUUACACUACAGUUUUUAAACUGCAACAUUAGCACCCCUCCUUCAGAGUGCAGGCACUGCACUGCACAUUUACUUCUUUUACAACCCCAUCUUUAAAUAUAUUAAACAACCAUGGUGACAUUACACAUCCCUGUCUAAGACCCACUUUUACCGGGAAGUAGUCUCCCUAUCUUCUACACACCCUAACCUGAGCCUCACUAUCCUCAUAAAAACUCUUUACAGCAUUUAGUAACUUACUGCCUAUUUCAUAUAGUACUUGCAACAUCUGCCACAUUGCUCCCCUAUCCACUCUAUCAUAUGCCUUUUCUAAAUCCAUAAAUGCAAUGAAAACUUCCCUACCUUUAUCUAAAUACUGUUCACACAUAUGCUUCAAUGUAAACACUUGAUCUACAUGUCUUCUACCCACUCUAAAACCUCCUUGCUCAUCCGCAAUCCUACGUUCUGUCUUGCCUCUAAUUCUUUCUUUAAUAACCCUACCAUACAUUUUUCCUGGUAAUAUAUAUUAAGUAAUAUAUACACUGUAUAUGUUAAUUAAACAGAACAGAGUCACAGUAGAGUACACUGUGCAGUGUGGUACUAAUAUGUUGGGGGCAGGCAGCAACUGGAUUGUCUCCUUCUUUUUGUCAUUCCCCUAUUCCUAUCCUCUCUUUGCAGCACCUGUAGCUCAAGACUCUUUACAUAAACUUACCAUUCCAUCAGUGUUAUGGUAUGUAGGUGUCUGGGUAUACAGAAUGGUAAGCUAGUUGGCGAGGAUAAUUGUGUGACGGGUGUAGCGUGAGCUUGUGCUGUCCUGGAAUCAUCGGACAAAAUGAAAAAGAGUCUCUAAUUCCAGAUUUUGUCUGGAAUUAGAGUGAUUCUAACAUUUAUCCCACACAGGCUAGAUCAGCCACUUCCAUCCAGGACCUGCCUGUUUUCAUUGUUCUUUAAGUCACAGACCACUCAUGCCAGUUUAUUGUCUGCAUACACACACACACUUGUCUUUCAGUCUCCAAUUCUCCUUGGAUUUACAGUGUUUGGUGUGACUAUUUUUUUACACAGAUCAGUUUUACAGGCUAGGAGCUGAUAUUCUCCUCAGCUUAUUUGAAAGCCCAGCCUUAAGUAAAAUCCUAGGGUUGUGUAAGGUAUGAAAAAUUAAUUUCAGAAUUUGGAGUCUGUGAACAAUUAGCACUAAUGAAAAGUAGCAAGUGAAAAUAUCAGAAUUGUACAUAGUUUAUGAUAUUUUAAAUACAUUUGGUAUUUUGA